ACGCCAUUUUGGCAAAAGGGUGACUGGCAGUCCGGUGGACUGGGAGGCUUGCGUUACCCCUCCCUCAGCCCCCUGAGACCCAUUGUAUCUGGCCUGCGCAGUGGGAGUCGUUUAGCCAUAAAACUUCGCAUCCUUGAGCUGCAGGAAUAUCUGGAGGCCUUCUCCACGGCUGAAUCCAUUUACUGUCAACUUUCCACAGCCGCGGAGACUCGCUUGAAAACGCUGAAUACAGAGGGACGCAGAGAGACGGAGAAUCGUCUUCGUGACCUGAAGGCUGAAUUAGAUGACCUCAAAAGUCGUGCGGAACGCGAGCUGGAUCUCUGGGCUAGCGUCGCGUCAAAACGAGAAAGGGAUUUGGAGUCUCUCCAAACAACUGCGGCCCACCUGAAGAAACUCAACGAGGAGGUUCAUGACGAGGCAAGUUAUACUCUCUUGUACACUUCUUCCCAUCAACAUCUGCUACAAGUCAAACAUAGUUUUUGUUCAGUCCUUCUAAACGCUAAAAUCAUAUCACAUUACAACUAUAUUUCGCGGAACUGA